AUGGCCGUCAAAAGCGUAAUUGAAGCAGUCCGGGAAGCCAUGUGGGAGGAAAUGCAACGUGACGAGAGCGUCUUCGUCAUGGGCGAGGAUGUCGGCUACCGUGGCGGCGUCUUCCUGGCCACCCAGGGCUUCAUCGAAGAAUUCGGACCGGAACGGGUCAUUGACACCCCCCUGGCUGAGGCCUCCAUCAUGGGCAUAGCGCUAGGCGCCUCUUUCCGGGGACUGCGACCCAUACCGGAAGUUGAAUUCGCCGACUUUCUGUGGCCGGCGGUCAACCAGCUUAUCGGCGAAGCGGCCCGGGCCUGCUACGGCACCGACGGCAAGGUCAAUGCCCCCGUGACCAUCCGCAUCCCCUACGGCGGUGGCAUUCGCGGAGGCCUGUUUCACUCCCAGAACGUGGAAGCAAUUUUCUUCCACACCCCGGGAUUAAAGGUAGUCGCACCCGCUACACCUUACGACGCCAAGGGCCUGCUCAAGUCCGCCAUUCGCGACAACAACCCGGUGGUGUUCCUGGAGCACAAGAAAACCUACCGCCUGGUGCGGGGCGAUGUUCCCGAUGAGGACUACGUGCUGCCCAUCGGCAAGGCUGAAGUCAAGCGGCCCGGUAAGAACAUCACCGUGGUCAGCUACGGCCUGAUGAUCCACUACUGUCUUGAAGCGGCGGAACAGUUGGCCUCGGAGGGCGUUGCCCAAGUGGAAGUGGUGGACCUCCGCACCCUCAAGCCCCUGGACACCGAGACGGUGCUGGAGUCGGUCAAGAAAACGGGCAAGCUGCUUAUCGUCCACGAAGACAACAUCACCGGCGGCGUCGGUUCGGAGAUUGCUGCCCUGGCCGCCGACCAGGCUUUCGAUUACCUGGAUGCCCCCAUUGGGCGGGUUUGCGGCCCUGACGUUCCCACCAUGCCCUUCGCCCAGACCCUGGAAGACGCCUACAUGCCCAGCACACAGAAAAUCGCCGAAGCCCUUCGCAACCUGGCAGCUUACUGA